AGCACGCAGCGUGGGUUAAAUGAGGUAGUGAGCUCACUUGGAGUUUACGCAACCUUCUGAGUCGUUCGGGUGCGUCUGGAUGACGAUUGCCUACUUCCUGCUGGAAGGCUGGCCGUUCUGAGGUGUUAGGCGAGAGAGUUGAAUAAUUUCUACUCAUAGCUUGCGUCACCUUCAGUAACAAGCUCAUACUCAGCCCAGAUGUCGGAGUAAUAGCGUGGCCUUUUUGUCGUUUGUUCGUAAGAACGGGAGUUAGGUUAUAGCUACGGCGACAAGGAGCUCCCAGUGGCAGUGCAGGUUUUUCAAAGAAGGGGUGUGUGUGGAAAGCAAGUGUCGCAUUUAUAUCUGGAUAUGGAAAGUGGCAAUCACAGUACUGCUGAGUUGACUGUCUUUAAUGCAACCAAAAGCAACAUUGUACCACUAGAGAAUGAUAUGCAUUUGGAAGGAAAAUCAGGUACGAUUCAUGUCAAUGGUGUUGAAUUAUAUUUUGAACGCUAUGGCAAUGGGCCACAUGCCAUACUGUGUAUGCCUGGAGCUCUGGGAGGUACACUUUCCUUUGUGCCACAAAUCAACUACUUUGGUCGUUCCGGGAGCGGUUACACUUUUAUCAGCUAUGAUCCUCGGGGCUAUGGUAGGUCAAAAUCAAGCAGUCGGGUGUACUCGUCUCCUCUGUACUACAACAUUGAUGCAAAAGAUGCUGUCGGGCUCAUGAACGCCUUGGGGUUCAAAGAAUAUUCACUUAUGGGGUGGUGCGAGGGAGGUACUUGUGCCAUUAUCACAGCAGCUACGUUCCCAGAUGCUAUUCAAAGUUUAGUUGUGUGGGGGCCACAUGUUUAUCUACAGAAAACAGAUUUAGAACUUUUCCAUAAAUUGAACAAUAUUGAAACUUGGGAGCCUAAAGCCAGAGCUACACUUGAAAAAUACUAUGGGGAAGAGUUGCCGUUACUUUGGAGAAAGUGGUUCGAUGGGUUUAUUAGUGUUUACAAUGAUCCUGUGAGACAGGGUGAUAUUUGUAAGAGGGAGGUGAGAGAGAUUCAGUGUCCGACCCUGGUACUUCAUGGAGAAGAAGAUCAACUUAUUCCUUUCUAUCAGGUCGAGUUCCUCAGAAACAAUUUGCAAAACUACCAGUGUGAAAUAAUACAAGGAGGAAAGCAUUCUCUUCACUUCAAAUCCAGCUCAUUUAACAAUAUAAUUGAUAAAUUUUUAACCACUCACAAUACUAAAGUUUGUUAAAACUGCUACAGAGGAACUCUUUUUAUUAAAAUGCAUUUGAAAUGAACGGUUAGACGCAAGUUUUCACAAAAAAUUGUAUCGGUUUUUCAUCAUACUUAUAGCAUACCUCAAUACCCGAGCAAGCAAAUAGCAUGGGUGUUGCAAUGCCUGCACCUGCACGCAUUGAGCAUUGAAUUUUUGCACU